CUGACCAUUUUGCUUAAUUGAGAAGCGAAUCGCAAGGUCUCUUAGUAUAGAUCAAGCAACCGAUGCGCCAAACAGGAUUUUAAACUGCCUCAAAGUUUUUGCUGAGCAUUUUAAAUUGGGGCGUCAAGAGGACGCUCAUGAGUUUUUGCGGCUUGCCACAAUACGUCUCUCCGUCUAAAGAAGCUGCGAACAAAAGGUGAGUCUAGUAACGAUAAUAGUGUUGUUAAGGAGAUUUUUGGUGGUGCUCUGGAGAGCCAGCCAGCCAGGUGAAGUGUUUGCUGUGCGGUGCGGAGUCUAGUAAGGUUGAUGAGAUUAUGGAUGUUAGUCUUGGGAUUUUGCAUAGCAACUCGGUGAAGGAUUCGAUGCAGAAGUUCUUUCAGUCAGAGAUUUUAGAUGGCAGCAAUAAGUAUAAAUGUGAAAGUUGUAACUUGUAAGAAACUAGUGACAGCGAGGAAGCAGAUGUCAGUACUUCAAGCUCCUAAUAUUCUUGUUGUCCAAUUGAAAAGGUUUGGUCGGAAGAUUGAUAAGGCGAUUACAUUUGGUGAGAUUUUGGUUCUCUCAACCUUCAUGAGUAAAGCAAGCAAGGACCUUCAACCAGAAUACAAGCUUUUUGGGAUCAUUGUGCAUUCUGGAUUUUCUCCUGAAUCUGGACACUAUUAUGCAUACGUCAAGAAUCCUUCGGGCCGAUGGUAUUGCUGCAACGAUUCAUUCGUCUCACCCUCCACGUUGCAAGAAGUUUUGUCGAAGAAAGCUUAUAUUCUGUUUUUCAUCCGUUCAUGGUAG